CCACCACCUCCACCUCCACCUCCACCACGGGCCCAUCUACUGGCACCUGCCGGUAUUGCAACUGCUUAUCAUAACUGCUGUCCAUACAAAUGCCAUUUCCAGAGUCUUUUACUCGUACCACCACCCACUGCACGCCAUAGCGGAGAUAGCCAACUAGCCGGCCAUAACUCGACUCCCCGUCGGAACCUCGCUCGCUUCAGUGCCUACCGUAACCUUGUCUCCCCGCGACAAGUUUCCGCAAUUCCCAAUGCUCUCUGAAGAAUAAAACCCCACCAUACCUUUACCGGUGCCGUAUGAUACCUGUGGGUUUAUCUUAUCACCGGUAGCCUAACCGAUCACCCGGCGGCCGCGAGGGGGCAUAAAACCGAAGAGCAUAAAUCGUAUCUGGCAUACGAUUAGAGUAUCUGGGAAUGGAACAAGGCAUUUUUUUUUUCUUCCGCGGGUUGGGUGAUUGUGUAACAGCGGGUGCAUCUUCAGGUAGAUAUGGCCAAAGACAAGUACUGUACGAGUACAAGCACUUGUACUUGUAGCCUCAAAGUACCUUAAAAAAGAACCACUAUCGCACACCACCAGGAUCCUAGCAAAGGGCCAAAGUCUGGCGGUAUGCAAACGCGAACCUUUUUUUUAAAAGAAAAAAAAAAAAACGCUUCAACAUUGAGAGCAGCAUGAAUAACGAAACCCGACCCUUCCGACUGGCCCAGAAUCCAGAAAUAAUGAUAUGGAAAAAGGAAGUCUGGACUUCAUUUGUUUGUUUAGCCUUUGCGGCUAAUAUCAUACCUGCUGUGGAAGCCUGGUUCUGAAGGUCACUUGGACUGAGUGGGGGGAGGGGGAAAAUUUCGUACUGGACGAGUGCAGGAACGGUACGGUAGAGGAUGGACGGGUUGGUCCUGCAGUUGAUGUGAUGUGCGGUAGUCCGCAGAAUGCCAUCCUGCAACCCACAGCCGCAGCGGAUACGGUAGGAGAGAAGGCGGAAUCAAACAUCUCCAAGUCGGCAGCGGCCGAACGUCACGCGGACACCAUAUAAUACAGUAUCUCUCGUCUGGACAUUCCAUACCAAAGGGGUCAUUCGACGCAUCCUUUAGACGACAUAUGAUACCGGGAUAAUAGAAAGGAAGAAAAAAAUAAUAAUAUCCGUAGUAAUAUGACGCCUCAUAGUAAAUGGCUAACAUAAUCCGACUGAGUCACGGGGAUGUGGUAUAAAUACAAAAAAUUUUCACUUGGUGCUAACCUUGUCCUCAACCUUACCUCCCAUCAUCCUCGCCACCACAAGAAUCAAGCAAGAACGAAAACCAAACCCAGAUCCGAACCACCAAAUCCGAACCUUAUCCAAAAGAGCGAAAGAAAGAAAUGCUUCAAAAACAAAUCUCGAACACCCUCAUCCGCUCUUCAACUACCCUCUUAGCCAGGGCAGCUACCCAGCAGACACGUUCUUACAACGGACACCCCGCGCCGUACGCGACAGAGAAGAAGCACGGGUCCGAUGUCCAAUCCGAGCAAUCACAAAGCGGCAUGACGGAGAAGGCGGAGAGCUCCAUGUUCACGGAAGCACACGGUCGGAAGGAGCCCGAGCAGGAGUUCAAGAAUGCACCCGGUCCCAUCACUGGGAGGCAAGAUGAGUGGGGCGGUAGUAUGCCAUUCCCUUACUACGCCCCCCCAGUGUGGAAUAGCUUUGGUACAUUUGUGGGAGUGUAGGCUGGCCGCUGGUGUCUUUUUUUUUUGCUUUAAUUUUUUUUUUUGCAGAUGUCAAUCGGCUAGGGAGCGUAUAGAGAAA